GUGCAUGCAAACAUAGCCACUAUGUGUAUAUAAGUUCACGAAGUUCUCGCUGGACAUCAUUUUACUGUUCUCAUUUAUUCUGUCUACUCCACUAUUCAAAGCAAUAUAAAAAUGUUUAAAUGGAUUAUUUAUUUGACUCUUCUGUAUAUGACGGAUUCCGUGGUUUGUAAACCUGACUACAUUUAUAAUGAUGCGGUGAAUGGUUGGUUGAAAUUCCAUGCAGUUCCAGCGACAUGGCAAAACGCAUUCCUGCAGUGUCACUAUGAAGGUGCAGUUCUCGCUUCUCCAAUCAAUCCAGAUCUUGAAUCUGCUCUAACGCAGAUGAUGAAAAAGGAAGAUCUCUUUGGACCAAACGGUAUUUUCAUUGGAACAAAUGCAUUGUCUUCUGAAGGGGACUACAUUUCUAUCGAAGGAGUGCCGUUGGCUGAUAUGCCUGUGAAAUGGAGACAUUAUAAUAACGAGCAACCUAGCAAAUGCUUGUAUUUUUAUGAUAAAAUGGUCGAACCCAUAGAAUGCUCAACCUAUGCACCAUACAUUUGCUACAAGAAGAGAGACAACUCUACGAUAUUUAAUGAAUGCGGGACAUUUGACAACGAGUAUCACUUCAGUCAGGAAACUGGCAGCUGUUACAAGUUUCACAGUGAGUUCAAGACAUGGAGCGAGGCGCACAGAAUAUGCCUGGCCGAAGGUGGCCACCUGGUCAUCAUUAACGACCAGGCUGAAGCCACCACCAUCAAGAAUAUGCUUCCACUAGGAGGGGAAAGAGUGUGUAUUGGGUUACGACAAUGGUCAAAAGAUUUAUGGCUCACUAUUCACGGGGAAAAAUUAGAAAAUGUGUAUCACGAGGGGAUUUCUGGUUACGACAACCGUUAUGAUAGGUCGAUGAAUGGAUACUUUUUUUCAGACGGCACCUUAAAUAAGAUCAAUUUGAAUCUGGAAUCCCAAUACAUUUGCGAGAAGGAUCCUUACACUUAUCGCUUUCAAAAAGAAUCAUCAUACAAUGAAGAAGAAUAAAACUACGUCAGUAAAACUUACUAGAAAAUGUUGAGUUAAUGUUUCAUUAAAUCAAAAUAAUCUAAGUUCACUCCACUUGCAUCGGUUUUGUACUUUAAAAUGUAUAUGAGAAUGAACUUAUUUUUUCAUAA